AUGAAAACUAGUCAUGAGAAAAGUAUUGAACCAUUACUUAUGUUACCACGAUUUGAUUGCCAAGCGAUUCUCAAUGAAACACAUUUAGAACAAAUACCUCAAUCAAAUUCAAUCUAUCGAUAUAAGUCAUUAUCAUCUGAAAAUAUUAUUUAUUAUGAUUCAGUAAAUAAAAAGAGAAUCGAUAAUAAUUUUCUUAUAUCUCAAACAGUAUCUCAUCCGCAAUUAACAUGUUUAUUAUUACCAAGAUACAAUUCUCAUCAUCAACAAAAUUUUUAUGAUGAAAAUCAAUCAGCAGAUUUUACAACAAAAAUGAUAAGUCAAACAAAAAUAAAUAAUGAACAAGUUCAACAAACAAAUGAUCCUGCACAAACAACUGAUAUUAAAGUUUUUGAACGAACAUAUGAUCGACCUGGUAAAAAUUGUUGGUUAACAAUUAAUAAUAAUACUGAAAAUUUUGAUCUUGAGCAUGCUUAUACUGUCAUUGGUGAUUCUCUUGAAUCUUAUAUUCAUUAUCGAAAAUUAAAUCAUUGUAAAGCAUUAUCAAAUUUUGUCGAAUAUCGUAAUAAAGUUUACAAACGUGAGAAAAUUGCUCAAUAUGCAUCAUUACAAACUAGAGAAACACAGCGUACACAAACUACAAAUAGACCAAGAAAAAUAAUUAGAUUAGAAGAAAGUCAAACUUCACCUUCAAUUAUAUCAGAAACUGCUUCAUCGAAUUUCGUUCCAUCAUCACAAUCGUUGGUCUCUAAAAAAUCUCAAAAUUUAUCGUCACCAGCCAAUAAAGAAGAAUUCAUUCAAAUACCUUCGUCUGACUUACUAAAAACUUUACCAUCGAAAUCCAUCCAACCUAUUACUAGUCCAAAACAACGUAUUAGUAGUGUUCCAAAAAAAACCAGUGGCAUUAUUAAACAAACUCCAACACCAUCUUUCAAAGGUCAGUCAUGA